GAACCAUUUCUGAAACCAUGGGCUGACAGCACUCACCCCCGUCCCUACUCCCUAUAUCCGUGGUUAUUCCCCAGAUCGUGAACGGAGAAACACCCUCCGCCCGAUUCCAUGGCUGCGGCACAUACAUGGGGUACAUGGUAAGCAGGGGUACCAUACGCAACCUACUCGUGCAAGGACGUCAUGAUGUUUUUCAUGCGAGCUGCGAGAUAACCUGAGUUCAUCUGUGCUACAAAGUGGCACUGGCUCAAAAUGGAUUUUACCGUCAAUUAGCGCAUCGCAUGAGCAUUGACGACUUACACCUUCCAACCGACCCAAUACAACAAGCGCGGAACAUAUUGAAACGUUGGUCUAGGUACUGAAAUAUAACAAUACGGAGAUUCAAGAACAGAUAUCAAGCCACAAUUUUUGCUUGAAAAAAAAAAGAAACUGUAUCUUACUAUACAAGUCUCACUUUUAGUUCCUAUACUUGCACCCCGAAACUUGCAAGAUGCGUUGGAACUUACUUCAAGUCGUCGCAACCGCGGCUUUGGCACUCACUGCCUCUGCCAAUGCAGUGUUACCUCGUCAGCAGAAGUUCGUUGGCUAUCUCAUUACAACGUUCUCCGAUCCGGUACCCAAAGUCCAGCAGUAUCUUUCCAACGGCAACAACCCCCUCAGCUACAGAAAGCUAAACAACGGGAAUCCCAUUCUUGCCUCCACUGUUGGCGAACGGGCCGUUAGAGACAUUUAUCUUGUCACUAACAGUGCUCGCUCCGAAUACUUUAUUAUUGCUACUGACCUUGACAUCAACGCUCCUGGCUUUAGCUGGGACAAAGCCACCCGUCAUGGUAGCCGCGGUCUCGUUAUCUGGCAGUCAAAGGAUCUCGUCAACUGGUCCGGCCCCAAACUACGCACGGUUGAAGCCAGCACGGCUGGUAUGACUUGGGCCCCCUCUGCCGUUUGGGACGAUGCCACUAGCCAGUACUACGUCUUCUGGGCCUCUCGACACUACGCAUCCAACGAUCCUGGCCAUGUUGGUUUUGCGGGACUCGAUAAGAUUCGCUACGCAACAACCAAGGACUUUGCUACUUUCAGUGCACCCAAAGACUAUUACGCCCCUGGCAUUCCAGUGAUCGACCAAGAAUUCCAGUACCUUGGGACCCCUGGUCAUUUUGUUCGUUACAUCAAGGACGAGAGAACUAACCAAGUGUUUCAAGAGCGAACCACGGGUGGUCUAUUUGGAACCUGGACCCGCAACCCUGGAUUUGUCCGAAAUGAGUCUCCCCGUGAAGGUCCUUUAUCGUUCCGAGAUAACAAUAACCCCGACUUAUACCAUCUCUGGAUGGAUGAUUACGUCCAAUACCUUCCUUUCCAAACCACCAACAUCCUCAAACCAGGCAUUUUUGCGCAAUCCAAUGCUGCUGGUUUCCCUCGUGGUUUGAAGCAUGGUGUUGUUACUCCCCUCACCCAAGCUGAAUACAACAGACUUCAGGCUAAGUACCCCUAAGCAACAUGACACGGCCAGCACAGGAGGGAGAAGAAUGAUAUGCCGCUGCUAUGUACGGAAGUGGGAAGGUUGGCAUCGGCCUUGGGGAAAAUACUAUCUGCGAUCAGUGUUUAUGCAUGUCUGGCCAGAUUGGAUUUUUUUUACCUUGUAAUUUCUUGAUUCUAUUCCUUAACCUUAUUUAAAACUCAAUUAUC